CCGGGAUCCUUGGGAUAUCAUUAUCCUAAACUCUAACCUUAACCCCUACCUUAACCAUAACUCUUACCUUAACCUUUUUUACAUUUCAUCUCUAAUGGAUAGGGACCAUUACGUAAGGACGUCCCAAGGAUACCAGAUAGCACGGACCGAAGAAGAAGAAGAAGAAGCAAGCAGCUCGCAGGGCGUGGUGGGAUAGGAGACUACUCAGUGGAGGACCGAGUACAGAGCCCCAGCUGGCUAGAUGCAGAGAAGAUGGAUGCAGUGUGGAUUUUCAGGCCAGUGUCUGAAAACACUGCACUGUUGGUAAUGUUUCACGACGGCUAGCCUUCGUGUCGCCCCGUUUAUUUUAGUCGUUUUUUUUCUUCAAGGAAUCGAAGGGGAUAAAAACAUGGGGUCUCAAACUCUACAGAUACUCAGACAGGGGGUCUGGGCUUCAAUCACAGGCGGAUGGUACUAUGAUCCCCAUCAAAAUACAUUUGUAAAUGCUCUACACCUCUACCUCUGGCUAUUUCUACUAUGUUUCCCCUUCACGCUUUACAUGGCACUCCCGCCCACCAUGGUGAUAGUAGGAAUCUACUGUGGUGUGAUAGCUGGUAUGUUCCUGCUGCUGAAGACUGUGAACUACCGGCUGCAUCAUGCCCUGGACGAGGGAGAGGUGGUGGAGCACCGGGCCAAGGCGAAAGAGAGCAACAGAACCAGCAGUGAGGGGGCCAACGAGGGCAACGCCACACGUCAGGAGGACAGUAAUGGACCAGGGGACCCUGGUGGGGGUCUAGAGAUGGCAGACUUCAUUCGAGAGGAGACUCCACCUGUAGACUGCAGCUCCAGAAACUCUUAUACAGGGAUGGACUCCAGUCACCAGAUUGCGUCCACCAACGGUCAUGGAGGAACCACUACAGCCAAAGACAUGUUGUCUGACCCAAAGAUUUACUGCCUUGUCUCCAGCCACUCCUUCGCCUCCAUGCAGCCCUCCACCUCCCUUGGCCCCUCCGAGCUCUCCUGCGACCCCACCAACCAUUGUGGCUCCGCCUCCCACCCCUUCAGCCAAUCAGUGUCCUCUUGCAACACAGAGGUGUCGGCCCACGCCCCCGGGUUACACUCCCAGUCCUUCAGGAAGGAGCCUCGUACCCGGGGUCUACCCCGCACCUCCAGCUCUGCCGGAUCAGCUUUCCCUGACCCCUCCCUGCCCUCAGCUGACUUCAGCCUCUACCCCCCUCCUUGGAGAGGGGGCCUGGACCCGGUGUGUGAGCUGGAAGCUGCCAGACCCCGCCGGACAGGGGCUGAAGCUGGAGGACAGGGCCAGGGGAAUAGGGAGGGUGCUGCGGCUGAUAGGCUCUGCCAGCAUCCGGACCAGGCCUCCACUUCUGGCUGCUCCACAGCCUGCUACAGACACCAGCAGGACUCCUGCAGGCUAGGGCUGGCAGGGGAGGGGGGGUCAGGUUUGUACCAGGCCGACCAGGGUGGUGGUGGUGGGGGGAAGGUCAGUGCAGACAGCCUCCGCAGCCUGAGCACACGUAGCAGCGGCUCUACAGAGAGUUACUGCAGCGGUACGGACAGAGACACCAACAGCACUGUCAGCAGCUUCCACAGCGAGCAGACCAGCUCCACGCACGUGGAGAGUUUACUGUCCCUGUCAGGGGAUGAGCAGCGUGGGACAGGGAGGGAGAGGGGAGGUGGGGAGGCUGCUGCUACUGGGCCUGGGCCCACCUCAACAGGGGAGGGCAGGACUUCUACUCUGGGGUCCAGCCUUGGUUCUAGCAUCUCAAGAGGACUGAACAGCCUGCCUUCCAGGGAGGCUAAUAAGAACCCCCAUGCCAACGAGCUGAUCGCCAAACAGCCCUCCUCCUCCUCCGCCACGUCCCCCUCGAUCACCAACCCUAACCCCCCAGCCUCGGCCCAGGAGCCUCCAGCAGGCUCCUCCUACAGCAGUAGCAUGAGGACCAGUGCAGAUGGCUCAGCCUGCAGGGAACAGGACAGGGGGAGAGGAGACAAAGAGGACGUAAAGUCCGCCAACCUCGUCCAACGAACUUCUUCCUCCUCGGGCGCCGGGCGCAACAGCGGGCGCCGUCGGACCGGUAAGAAACGGGCGAGCAGCUUCGAUGCCAGCCGCCACAGGGACUAUAUGUCGUUGCGUGGCAUGGCCAAGCCGCGCAGUGCUGUGUUCGCUGGUGGGGGUGGGGAUGAGGAAUGGAGUGAAGCCAGUGACCUUAGCUGUGCCUCCAGCCUUCAGUCCACCCAAUCACAUCACUUCAGCACUGACUCCUCCUCCUCCACCACCUCCCACUCCUGCCACUCCCCCGAGGGACGCUACCGCGCCCUGAAAGUCAAGCACAGCCCCUCCCACAGCCACGCCCACUCCCACAGCCACUCCCACACAGCCGCCACCACCACAGCCUCCACCUCCUCCUCUUCACAGAAAGCCCAGGUCGGAUAUGAGGCGGGAGGAGGGAGGGUCGGGGGAAGAGGCAAGCGCCGCACCUCUGGUCGGACACCCAGCACGGGCAGCGCCAAAACCCACGCCCGGGUGCUGAGCCUGGACAGCGGCACGGCGGCGUCCGCCUGCCUUAACGAGCCCCACCGCCUGGGGGCCCCCGCCGCCGGGCUCCGACCCCUCACCACCUCCAAAUCUGACCUGGAAGCCAAAGAGGGGGAGGUCCUGGACGCUGCGUCCCUAUUGGGCAGGGCCUCACAGCUGGAGUCAGUAACCAGAUCCAGGAAUAGUCUACCCAGCCAGACAGCCUUCUCUUCAGAGCCCCUGGACGCUACCACCGCCGGCUCUUCACGAGCCCCCGGGAACGAGGACACGGUCACGUUUCGGCGUGAGCGUAGUACGUUCCGUCGGCAGGCGGUGCGGCGGCGGCACAACGCGGGGAGUAACCCCACGCCCCCCUCCUCCCUCAUCGGAUCACCUCUCAGUCUUCAGGAGGCUCUCAGCCAGGCCUCCCAGCCUUCUACUUCCCAGGUGAAAGGUCAGCCGUCCAGAACCCCGUCCCAGGUGACCGUGCUGAGCGCUAGCGCCUCCCUGCUGGCCAGGAAUGGAAGUGCACACCUGGAGGGCUCUCAGGACAAGGCCUCUACCGUAGGCACUACCAGCCUGCAGGAUGACUUCGGGAAGAACACUUCCUCCUUGUACGAGGCGGAGGGAUGUGACAUGUCCCUGGUUAACUUUGAACCUGCAACGCGACGCGCCUCCAAUAACAUAUGGGACACAGACCCCCACCUCUCCAGAUCUACCUCAGUUCGCUUCUACCCUCAUGACCUGAUCCGUCUGAACCAUCUCCUGACCAUUGACCCAGAGCUGUUAGAACAGCAGGAUGUUGACCUGAGCCCAGAGCUCCAGGAUGCUCCUCUAGACUUGGAGGAUCCAGCCACGGCUGCAGCACACCAGGCCAAACAGCACUACCGCUUCUGGCUGCUGCCUUACCUAUGGGUCGGCCUGCACUUUGACAGACUCACUUUGCUGGCUCUGUUUGACAGAAACCGUGAGCUUCUAGAAAACAUCCUAGCAGUGGUGCUAGCAGUCCUGGUGGCCUUCCUGGGGUCAGUCCUAUUGGUCAGCGGAUUCUUCACUGAUAUCUGGGUCUUCCAGUUCUGCCUUGUCAUCGCCAGCUGCCAGUAUUCACUACUUAAGAGUGUUCAACCAGACUCUUCUUCUCCUCGACAUGGCCAUAAUCGUAUUAUCGCCUACAGCCGACCCGUCUACUUCUGUCUGUGCUGUGUGUUGAUCUGGGUGUUGGAUUACGGUAGUGACAGGACCGGUUCAGCCCGGUUCACCCUGUACGGUGUCGCCAUCACUAGCUCCCUGGUUCUGUCCUCUGCCAGGGACCUCGUCAUCGUGUUCACUCUGUGCUUUCCUAUCGUGUUCUUCGCGGGCCUCCUCCCCCAGGUCAACACCUUCCUCAUGUACCUCUUUGAACAGUUGGAUAUCCACGUGUUCGGGGGGAACGCCUCCACCAGCCUUCUGUCAUCUCUCUACAGUGUCCUGCGAAGCGCGGUCACCGUGGCCCUGCUCUACGGCCUCUGCUACGGGGCCCUAAAGGAGUCCUGGGAACCACAGCACAUCCCUGUGUUGUUCUCGUUGUUCUGCGGCCUCCUGGUGGCUGUCUCCUACCAUCUGAGCCGGCAGAGCAGCGACCCCUCUGUCCUGAUUUCCUUGGUGCAUUCCAAGCUUCUGCCCAACAUGAAGGAAAACAACACAGAAGACCCCCAGUCUGAGGUUCAGGACCCUUUACCUGAGAAACUCAGGGGCUCUGUGAGUGAGCGUCUUCAUUCCGACCUGAUCGUCUGCGUUGUCAUCGCCGUCCUCUACUUUGCCAUCCACGUCAGCACCAUGUUCAUCGUUCUGCAGCCGUUCCUGAGCUACGUGCUGUACUCUCUACUGGGAGCAGUGGGUCUGUUAACACACUACCUGCUGCCACAGGUCCGUAAGCAGCUGCCCUGGUACUGCUUCUCACACCCACUGCUGAAGACCAGGGAGUACUACCAGUUCGAGGUCAGAGGCGCGGCCCAUGUGAUGUGGUUUGAGAAGCUCCACGUAUGGCUGUUGUUCUUAGAGAAGAAUAUUCUGUAUCCCCUGGUCAUCCUCAACGUGCUGAGUGGCAGCGCCAGGGAACUGGCCAGUCCCAGGAAACUGGACACUGAGGUUGGAGCGUUGAUGAUAACAGUGGCAGGUCUGAAGUUGCUUCGUUCCUCCUACAGCAGCCCCACCUACCAGUACAUCACAGUACUCUUCACCGUCCUCUUCUUCACCUUCGACUACCGCAACCUAUCAGAGACCCUGCUGCUGGACCUCUUCCUCAUGUCCAUCGUUUUCAGCAAGCUCUGGGAGCUGUUCUACAAGCUACGUUUUGUCUACACCUACAUCGCUCCCUGGCAGAUCACCUGGGGGUCGGCCUUUCACGCCUUCGCUCAACCCUUCGCUGUGCCUCACUCUGCCAUGCUGUUUGUUCAGGCUGUAGUGUCAGCUGUUCUCUCAACUCCUCUCAACCCCUUCCUGGGCAGCGCCAUCUUCAUCACCUCCUACGUCAGACCUGUCAAGUUCUGGGAGAGAGACUACAACACUAAGAGAGUGGAUCACUCCAACACCAGACUGGCUUCACAACUGGACAGAAACCCAGGUUCUGACGACAACAACCUGAAUUCUAUAUUCUACGAGCACCUGACGCGCUCCCUGCAGCACAGCCUCUGUGGAGACCUGUUGCUGGGCCGCUGGGGGAACUACACCACAGGGGACUGCUUCAUCCUGGCUUCAGACUACCUCAACGCCCUGGUUCACCUGGUGGAGAUCGGCAAUGGACUGGUCACCUUCCAGCUCCGAGGACUGGAGUUCAGAGGUACGUACUGCCAGCAGCGGGAGGUGGAGGCCAUCACAGAGGGGGUAGAGGAGGAUGAGAGCUGCUGCUGCUGUGAGCCAGGUCACCUGCCACAUGUCCUGUCUUUCAACGCGGCCUUCGGACAGCGCUGGCUGGCCUGGGAAGUGCUGGUCACCAAGUACGUCCUGGAGGGCUACAGCAUCACGGACAACAGCGCUGCCUCCAUGCUCCAGGUGUUUGACCUCAGACGCAUCCUGACUACUUACUACGUCAAGGGGAUCAUAUACUAUGUAAUUGCCUCUACCAAGCUGGAGGAGUGGCUGGCCAAUGAGACGAUGAGGGAGGGGCUGAAGGCCUGUGGAGAGAGGAACUACGUGGACCUGGACCCGACCUUUAACCCCAACAUAGACCAAGACUACGACCACCGCCUGGCUGGCAUCUCCAGGGACUCCUUCUGCCAGGUCUACCUGGGCUGGAUCCAGUACUGUAACUCUCGACGGGCCAAGCCUCUGGACAGUGAGAAGGACUCUUCCCUGGUGUUGCUGUGUUUUGGCCUGUGUGUGCUGGGCAGGAGAGCACUGGGGACCGCUGCACACCACAUGUCUAGUAACCUGGAGUCUUUCCUGUAUGGGCUCCACGCGCUGUUCAAGGGAGACUUCCGGAUCUCCUCGGUGAGAGAUGAGUGGAUCUUUGCCGACAUGGAACUCCUGAGGAAGGUGGUGGUGCCUGGGAUACGCAUGUCACUCAAACUACACCAGGACCACUUCACGUCUCCAGAUGAGUAUGACGAGCCAGUGGUUCUGUUCCAGGCCAUCUCGUCUCACCAGCAGAACCUGGUGAUCGCCCACGAGGGUGACCCGGCCUGGCGCAGCGCCGUGCUCUCCAACUCGCCCUCACUGCUCGCCCUGCGCCACGUCCUGGACGAGGGAACCAACGAGUACAAGAUUAUCGUGCUCAACAGACGAUUCCUCAGCUUUAGGGUGAUCAAGGUCAAUAAGGAAUGUGUCCGUGGUUUGUGGGCGGGACAGCAGCAGGAGCUGGUGUUCUUACGGAACAGAAACCCGGAACGCGGAAGCAUCCAAAACGCCAAACAGGCCUUACGCAACAUGAUCAAUUCCUCAUGUGACCAGCCAAUCGGAUACCCCAUCUACGUGUCGCCCUUGACUACGUCCUAUUGCAACUCACACACACAGCUAGGUCACAUCCUGGGAGGACCAAUCAGCAUUGGAAAUAUAAGGAACUUAAUUGUCAGUACCUGGCACAGAUUGCGUAAGGGCUGUGGAGCUGGCUGUAACAGUGGUGGGAACAUUGAGGAUUCUGAUGCAGGGGGUUUGUCCUGUACCAGUGGUAACGGGACAGGGCUGAGCGGUGACUCCCAGCAGAGCUCGGUGUCCCAGGGGGGGCUGUCGAGACCGGCCGCUCCCCUGGCCUACCAGCCACACAAUAUGGGUGAGGACCAGCACAUACAUCACCAUGGACACCACCACCAGGGCUGGGGGACCAGUCAGAGCUCCCAGUCGGUCCAGUCUGGCCUUGUGCACCACUCCCCAGCCCGAGCCUCUGUAACCAGCCAGUCUUCAUCGUACCGCUGUAACAGCAGCCGCCACUCGUCUCUCCGUACCUCAGCCACCGGCCUGGAGCCCUGCCGGCGCUCCUCCACCAGCCAACUGUCCCUCCGCACCCUCCCCACCUCUCUACAGCUCCGCCUGGGCUCAGGGUCGUCCUCGGACCCCGCUGGCCCCUCUGCCUCCCUCUCCUCCCACAGUAUCCCGCCCUGUAAGAGACACACCCUAGUGGGACUGCUGGGGAACGAUGGGUUGGGUAGCGCCAUGGUGGACCCGUUGGGUCAACACCACCAUCACCACGUCCCGGCUCUGUCCGCCGUACGACGAGACGACAUCUCCUACAGAGUGCAGAUCGUGGAUGUGAACCAGGUGCUGGACAUCAUUAACCUGUCUAAGCGGAAGGAGCUGCAGUGGCCUGAUGAGACGGUGAGGUUGAGGGCAGGACGCAGCUGCUGGAGAGACUGGAGCCCCCUGGAGGGUAUGGAGGGACAUGUGAUUCACCGGUGGGUGCCUUGUAGCCGUGACCUCACCAGCCGCUCCCAUAUAGACAAGACCAUCCUGCUGGUUCAGGUGGAUGAUAAACUGGUUCCCAUCGUAGAGACUGGGGUCAUAGAGCUGGGAGCCGAGGUCUGACUGGGCCACUGGUUCAGGUGGAUGAUAAACUGUGGUUAAAUGAGAAAUGCUUGUUUUCUGUUUUGAAACCUGGGGUGUAUACGAUCUGCCCUAAUGAUUACACCCUAGUCCUCCUGGGAGUAACCCAGGCGCGAGUUAGAGGUCAGGGUUCACCUUACUGCAGGCCGAAGAGCAGACCACCCUGCUGACGGUGAGGACAGGAAGGGAUUCCCCCCCCUCCUCUUCCUCUCUGUCCUCUCCUCUGUCCUCUCUCUUCCGUCCACUCUCCUCUCUGUCGUCUCUCCUCUGUCCUCUCUCCUCCGUGAACCUGGAAAACCGAUGAGUGUGUUAGUAGGCGAAUGGAAGAAGGUCCUUCCCCUCCUUUCGGCGAGGAAGCACCAGUGUGUCCUACAACGGAAGGGUUUGGAUAUCGUCCCCUUUUGAAUCAGCGUGUUGUAUUGUCAGAGGAGAAAAGCAUGGACACGUUUCAAAAAAAAAAAAAAAAUGUAAAAAUUAAAAACGAUAUGCUAUUUAUCCUUUAUCUAGAAAAUGUAUCGCGCAACUAACUUCAUUAGUAUUUAUCACGUAACUCAUUUCUUUUGGAAUCCACCCCUGUAAACGUCAUCUGCCAUGAUGGAACAGGAGUGGGAGGGAAAAAAGGGACGGUUUCAUUUCAUACAAGCGCAAUUUUCGUCCACUUUCCCCUCUCCUCGCCUCCUCGAUUUACCUUUGACCUUUUUUCAGAAAGAGAGAGGCCGCAGGAAGUUGGAGCAAAUCGAAUGGAGAAAAUGCCCAUAUCUGCAUUCAAAAUGGCACCGUAUUUCCCUAUAUAUAUAUAUAUAUAUAGGGCACUACUUUUUGCAGUAUAGGGUGCUGUUUAGGACGAACUCUAUAUGUUUGAGGGGAAAAGGAAUCCAGGGAAGCGUGGCGGCGGAGGAGGCAGAUGGCUGUCAACACAUGAACACACACAUCUACAGUGACUUGCAAAAGUAUUCAUACCCCCUUUGGAUUUCUUCCCAUUUUUAUUGUUGCAAAAAAAAAAAAUGGGAUUAAAAUGUAUUUUAAUAGUCAACCAUGUAGUCUGUCAAAGUGGAAUUCAAACAUUUUUAAAGAUUUUAAAAACAAAUUUCAUAACUAAAAUAAUGUUAAGUAUUCAGCCCCUUUUUGUUUAGGUUUAAAUUAGUUCAGGAGUAAAAUGUGACUUAAUAAAUCACGUCAUUAAUAAUAAGUGACAUGGACAAAUAGGGGUUGACAUUAUUUAUGAAUGACUAACCCUUCCUCUCUCUCCCCCAUACAAUAUUUGUAAUGUCCCUCUUCACAGAUUCAACUACAAAGACCAGGGAGCUUUUCAAAAUCCUCGUUUAAAAAUUUUUUUUUUUUAAAUGGCAGUGAUUGGUGGAUGGGUAACAAUAUCAAAUCAAACGUUGAAUUUGAAUAUCUCUUUAAGCACGGUCACGUUAAUAAUUAUGCUGUGGGUGAUGUAUUAAAACCACCCAGACACAUCAAAGAUACAGUCGUCCUUCUGAACUGACCUCCAGGACAGGGAUGAAACCAUGAGGCCAUUGACCGUUUUUAAAAAAUCACCAAGUUCAAAUGGCUGUGAUGGGAUCGAAAACAGAGGUUGGAUCAACAUUGUAGUGACUCCACAAUAAUGACUUAAAUAACAGUGACAAGAAUGCAAAUAAACAGAAUAAAAAGUGAGAAGUGAGAAGAAGAAAACACUGCACAGAAAUACACUUUUUUGGCCAAAAUGCAAAGCCUUCUGUUUGGGGAAAAUACAACACAAAGUAUCUAACUGCCUCCUUAUAUUCAAGCAUGCUGGUGGCUGCAUCAUGUUAUGGGUAUGCUUGACAUCGGCAAAUACUGAGGAGGUUUUCAGGAUAAAAAGAAAGUAGGUGGAGCAAAGCACGGUCAAAAUCCUAGAUGAAAACAACCUGCUUUCAGUCUGCUUUCCACCAGUCACUGGGAGAUGAAUUCACCCUUUCGGCAGGACAAUAACCUAAAACACAAGGUCAAAUAUACACUGGAGUUGCUUACCAAGAAGACAGUGAAUGUUCCUGAGUGGUCUAGUUACAGUUUUGAUUUAAAUCUGCUUGAAAAUCUAUGGCAAGACUUGAACAUUCCUGUCUAGCUAUGAUCCCCAACAUCUUGACAGAGCUUGAAGAAUGUUGAAAAGAAUAAUAAAUAUUGUACAAUCAAAGCUCUUGGAGACUUAACCAAGAAGACUCACAGCUGUAACUGCUGCCAACGGGGUUUAUAACAUGUAUUGACUCAGGGAGCUGAAUACUUAUGCAGUCUUAAAUGUUAACAUUUUUUCUUCCACUUUGACAUUAGAGUACAUUGUUGACAGAAAAGUACAAUUUAAAUCCAUUUGAAUUCCACUUUGUGAAACAAUGAAAUGAAUAGUUUUGCAAGGCACUGUUUCUGCCUUGCUCUGUGUCACAACAUGUUACAUGACAGUAACCCUAUUAAGUGGCUACCAGUGGUAAUUCUUCUUUUCUAUGCAUUUCUUUAUAUUACUUUGACUGACUUGUGUACACAGACUGUGCACAAACACACACACACACACGUGAUAUACACACACAUAUGUGCACAAAUUAAUGAUGACGGUUUGAUUUAUGAUUAUGACAGAAUUGAGUGUGAGGAAGUUUAAAAAAAAAACUAAAAAAAAACAUUUAAAAAGAAAUUGCUAUGUUUUAUUUUUCUUGUUGGUUUCAAAAUAAUUUUCCAAAAGAGCCUGGUCCAGAAAGUGGCCAUGGUUUCACCCGUGGCAGGACGUGUCGUUGCCAAGACUACAGAGCUGCAGAAAUGAGUAGUAGCCCAGGAGGAAAGACAUGCAGGUGCUGUACUACACAUUAUUUACUUUGUCCUUCUUGUCAUUUUGUUAUUGCUUUUUGUUUUGGAAGUUGCAGGAAAUAACUUGCACUAUGAUUUUCUUAUAUAUAUAUUUUUUUAAUUUACAGUGACGCACUACAGUUUGAGAUAUCACCUUAUUGAAUUUAUUACAGAAUCUUAGUGGCCAUGGUUACCGAUGCCUUGGGAAUUAAAAUAAUGGAUCCAUCAUUGUUUAUUGUUCAGCCAUUUUGUUUCUAUAUAUAUAUAUAUAUAUAUAUAUAUAUAUAUAUAAAUAUGUAUCUAUAUAUAGAUCAAUAUAUAUAUAUAUAUAUAUCAAUAUAUAUAUAUAUAUCAAUGUACAAAAUAUUUUUGUUUUUAAUAUUUAUUACUGUGAACAUAGUAUUUACAUUUUCUUACAUAUAAUUUUUUUUUUUCUUCAUUUAUGGGACAAAUGUUAUAUAAAUGUAUCACGGACCAUCGGUUGGAAAAAACAAGAUGGUGAAUUUCUGGACUGUUUCCCUAUUUAACUUUAAUUCUUUUUCUAUAUGGAGAAAUAAAAAGCGUUUGAUUUACA